AUCUUUUCGUUACUUCCUCUAUCUGCUAUCACCGUUCAAUCCUUAAUUAACGUUCAAUCCUGGUUCGAUCAUCUCCCUUACUUUUUCCAGUAAUCCUUAACGUUUUCAUUCAUUUUUUAUAAUCCUUUUCUAUGUUUCUUACAUUCCCAAAUCUCUUUUUCUUAGAUUUCUUAUUUCACCUCUUGGUUCCGUGUUUUUCAGGAUUCUAUUAUUAUUUUUUGAGUUUCGGAUUUCUUUUUUAUAUUUCUUGUUCAUUUCUAUUUUUGAACAUCUUUUUCUAUCGUUCUAUUCCAAAAGCAAUGUUAAAUGAUCCGUGACAAAUCUGUCGAUUUGUUGUAAUUUACAUUUAUUUUUAUUUAAUCCUUUUCUGUGUUUUUGACCUUCUCAGAUCUCUUUGUCUUGGUUUUGUUAAUCGAUUCUAUUGUUAUUUUAGGGUUGUUUUGGGAUUUCUAUUUGAUAUUGUUAAUUCAUUUCUGUUUGUGAACAUUUUUUUCUAUCGAUAUAUUGUUUGGUUCGACAUUUACAUAUACUUCUCUAUUAGGAUUUCUUUUUUAUAUUGUUUAUUCAAUUCUGAUAUUGGACAUCUUUGUUUAUGGUUUUGUUUUUCCUAGUCACAGUUCGGCAUUUCCAGAUCCGUCAACUAUAUGUUGUAAUUACUGACUCAGUUGUUCUUAGACAUCUUUUUCUACCGUUUGUUCUAAUUUUCCAAGUAGAAUGUUGCUUUCUCUUUGCCACACUUUUGGAGCAGGUAUUAACCUUAGCUGCACGCCAAUUCAUGAAUUCUCAUAGUAGUCGUAAGUUCGUACGUGGAUUUCGCUCUCUUCCAUUGUUAUCCAACUGCCCGCCAGUCCAAACGGUCACACACUUUAAUGCGCGACUGGCAACGAAGGCCUCUUUGUCUCUGUCUCAUGGAAAGCAAAAGCAGCACUGAUUGUAUUGUCAGAUAUGCGAGAUUUACUUUUCCUUGGAUAUGCACUCCAAAAUUUAGGCUCGAUAGAAAUCAUCGAGAUCACAUGGAAGCUUUGCCAAGUCAUGACGAUGGUAUAUUGGAAAUAGUGGCGGUGAACUUGGACUAUAGCGAUGAUGGAUCUCCAAACGUCGACCUUAUAGACUUCGAUGCUGAAGCCUUGUUAAAAGCUGCAGCUCUGAAUUCUAAGGAUGUCUUGGCUGUGGUUAGCCCUUCUGACUAUCCAGCGGUGAUACAAUUUUCUCGAAGAGUUAGGUUCGAAGGCUAUGGAGCAUAUAUAUAAUAACAUAGCGUGGUUGGAUAUUCGAACGGGGAAUGGUAGAAAGAAGGAAUAGUCUCGCUGAAUAUUGUCUAUCGAUUUCUUACCUUCUCACACGGUACAAUUGGAUUUACAAAUUGAUUUGCUUUUUGGAGUCAUAAACUCUUACACUUGUCCACUAUGGUACAAGUUGAUUUGUAAAUAGAUUUACUUUCUGGAGCCACAAACUCUUAUGCGUGUGGUGAUUCCUAAAUAGUAGUUCAAAAACUGUUUUCA